UUCUACAAAUUCGAGAAUAUGGUAGUAGUUUGCGACGCCCACGCGUUUUAUAGUUAGAGAUCAUCGCGUAUUUGCGUACUCAAAAAUUCUUCAUAAUCUACCCUGCACCCAAAGCUCUUGGAGUUGAAUCUAGAUACAGAAAGCAUGGCUCUGAAUCCUCAACUCUUCCCCAAUGGGAUGCCGGUGCCCUUCAUCAACGAGAUGUUCGUCUUGGCUAGAGACGGCGUCGAAUUUGAGAUCGACAAGAUCCCCGGCACUCAAGGUGGAACAGUUAAAGCAAAAGGAACUAUUUACUUGUCAAAUAUCCGCAUGGUGUUCGUUGCAAAGAAACCUGUUGGGAAUCUUUUUGCUUUUGAUAUGCCCCUGCUCCAUGUUCAUGAUGAGAAAUUCCACCAGCCAAUUUUCUACUGUAACAACAUCGCUGGUCGUGUGGAACCUGUUGUGCCCGAUAAUGAGCAUAGGGCCCUUUAUUCAACUCAUUCUUUCAAGAUUCUGUUCAAGGAUGGCGGUUGUGGAACAUUCGUCCCACUCUUCUUCAACUUGAUUAGUUCUGUCAGACAAUAUAACCAGCAUCUUGCAGCACAGCCUCGAGUGGAUCCUCUCCAAGCAGCACAAACUCCUGUUGAUGAGAUGAUGAGACACGCGUAUGUUUUCUUCCUGUUACACACUAUCGCUGUCUUUGCAGUUUUUACAUCAUGCUCUGCUAAUGAGAGAAGAAACUGUAUGUAUGUUGCAGAUACGUUGAUCCUAGCGACCCUACUAGAAUUUUCCUGCAGCAGCCAAACGCAGAGUCACAGUUGAGACGCCGCACUUACCAACCAAAUAAUACUGAAAACCCAAUGUAAAUCAUUGCUGUUGUUUCCCUCAUCUAUACUUGUUGAGCUCAUGCUUAAAAGUUAUGUAAUAUAAACCUUUGCUUUUUAUUUGGUUGCUAACGUGUCUGAAAAAUUAUUUUACGUGUGUGCAACAGAAAUGUAAUGCUUGGAAUUUGGUAUCAGACAUAUGUACAAUCUGUUAUUUCUGUUCACAUGAAAAUGGUGCUAACCGUACCAGCAUAGUUUCUCUA